GACGUGAGCAACGUGUGGGUCACCACUGUCUAGUCCGCGGUCGGGAGAGAGGUGGAAACACAAAACCUUUCCUUUCUUAUAACAUCAUACCGUCAUCCACUGUCCUCAUGUGCAAGUGCGACGUCGCCAAUAUGGGCCCGAACGUACCGUCUCGGGAACAGGAGGAGCAGGUCUCGGUCAGGGAAGAAGUUGUUACCGACAGCGGGGACGGAUUCUUCGCCGCGCUGCAGAAACUCUUUACGAAGUUGGGAGACAUUUUCGACCCCAAAACCAGCCCACCCCUUUCUUCCGUCUUCGAGAGAGACUGCAGAAAAGACGUCGACAGGAGAGAAAACUACCCUCAAGUCAGAUACAAGAGCACUGAGAACGCAGAAGACUUGUCCCUCCUGCGACUGGACUGGGCGUGUGACGACGCGAUGGAUCACUUCGCGUGCGAGCGGCUCUCCAACAAGCUGCAGGACGCUCUGCGGAGGGCGCGGCAAAGAUACCUCCAGUGCAACCUGGUGGUGCCGGACAAUCUCACACAACAGAUCGCCAGGGACGUCCUGCGGAUGUCAGACAACGAGCCCUGCGGGCUGCGCGGCUGCCUCAUCCACACCGUGUACGAAGACUCCAGUGGCGUAUCCAAGCAGGUCGGGAAGGUGAACUACGACCCGGACACGGUGAACACCUUCGAGCUGACGCUGACCCUGAGGAGAGACCGGGCCGCGUGGCUGAAUGCGCUCCAGGCGCUGCUCCCGUUCUCCGGCUGCUCUGGACAGAAAACGGUCACGCUCAGCUCCGGGUACAGGCUGGUCAAGAAGAAGCUGUAUCGCCUCAGCGACAAGAGAAGCGAGGUCAUCGAGUAUCCACGGUAACACCAUGGGAAAGACGCUGAUUGGACAAUCUGAAAGAUAGCGAUGGGACAAUGCAAAAGGCAGCGAUUGGACCAAGGAGCUAAAAGUGACUGUGAUUGGACAAUUGAAAAGGCUGUGAAUGGUAUCAGCCAAUUUGGCCUGAUCGGGAAAUGCUUGGUUAAGGUUGUGAAGGGAGUUUUGAGAGGCAGCUGAAAGAACUCGAUGAUUUGGUCAAGAUGUACCCGUCAAAGGGGAAGGGUCUCUGGUGACUAAUAAUAACUAAGCGUUGAUGAUUGCAAUAUUUGCUGUUGCUCUGGUCCGAGAAAUGGCAAGUAAACAGGGCAGCUAUUAUUACAUAAGAGUGCAAACUGCCAAAACAGUGUUAAAUACUUGUGUGAUGGCUCGAACAAGAUGUCAACAUUAAAGUGUUGAGGUAAAACUUCUUACAACUUCACAAAGUAAUACAAGGCAAUAUGGUAUCUACACUGCCAACAAAAAUACUUGCAAUAUUGCCACAUGUUGGUAGUUCUCAGUGGAAUUCUAAGCUCUGAGGGCUCUAUGUCACUAUGUGACCCUUUUUUACGAACCUUUGUUUAUGUUUGUUCUGUUACCUUAUUGACAGUUAAGUAGCCAUUCCAGAGUUGUUGAACGCUUGUUAGAUAUGAAGCUGGGACUUCAAGCAAAACGAAACACAAGCGAGUUGUAACAGUACAUUUUGUUCUUACGAGGAUGGUUAACUUGGUCACAGCAGUGACGAUGCCCCUCGAAUUCAUACAAAUGACUGUUUAAGUUUGUGUGGAGAAGCUCAAGAUAGAGUUAAGAUAUUUAUAGGUGCAGGGCUGAAAACUUGGCUGGUUCCAAGUGCCUGUCACAGCACCUUGGGUGAUGCCGUCCUCAUGUUUUCUGUGUCUAUGUACAUGUCUGAUGACUUAGACAUAGAAUAUGUGAAAAGGGACUUACCCAGAGUUUAUAUAGCAUAUUUUGGUUACUAGAUGUUAUAGCAAAUAAAUGAUUACGAUUACAGUUCGUUUACAAGUAUAUAUGCUGCUAAAAGUUUUUGUAAUCUUAAUUUUGCUCGGUGCCAUAGAUUUGGGCUUGAUAUAUGUAUUCCAAGCCUUAUUGUGAGCUUGUGUUACUUGAUUAUGUUGUUAGGAAGCUCAGGUUUUGCUAGCAAUAUCAAGGAAGGUGCAUCCAACCUCCUUGGCAAUAUAUAUAUAUAUACCAAGUACGUAUGCAAAGGAAGCCCAUGUUUGGUUGGAGCUGUUUUCUUGAGUGGAAUCCAGACUUGAACUGUGAGGGGCAAGAGAGAGAUUCUUCACUGAUUUUCCGAAUAAAGACCAUUAAACGGAA